GGAGAGCCAGCCCGGCACCGGAAGUGAGCCGUCCGGAGGCGCCGCCGGGAGCUGCCACGUCUGAAACCGGGAGUCGGCGCCACCGCAGCGAUGGUGUCGGUAAUUAACACUGUGGACACGUCCCAUGAGGACAUGAUUCACGAUGCCCAGAUGGACUACUAUGGCACCCGCCUGGCCACCUGCUCCUCUGACAGGUCUGUCAAGAUCUUUGAUGUGCGCAACGGAGGGCAGAUUCUCAUCGCCGACCUCCGAGGGCACGAGGGCCCAGUGUGGCAGGUGGCCUGGGCUCACCCCAUGUACGGCAGCGUCCUGGCGUCCUGCUCCUACGACCGCAGGGUCAUCGUCUGGAAAGAGGAGAAUGGCACGUGGGAGAAGACUCACGAGCACGCCGGACACGACUCGUCAGUGAACUCUGUGUGCUGGGCCCCCCAUGACUAUGGCCUGAUCCUGGCCUGCGGAAGCUCGGACGGGGCCAUCUCCCUGCUGACCUACGCCGGGGAAGGCCAGUGGGAAGUGAAGAAGAUCAGCAAUGCCCAUACCAUCGGCUGCAAUGCCGUCAGCUGGGCCCCUGCUGUCGUCCCUGGGAGCCUCAUAGACCAGCCAUCAGGCCAGAAGCCCAGUUACAUCAAGAGGUUUGCCUCGGGCGGCUGUGACAACCUCAUCAAGCUGUGGAGGGAAGAGGAGGACGGCCAGUGGAAGGAGGAGCAGAAGCUGGAGGCCCACAGUGACUGGGUUCGAGACGUGGCCUGGGCUCCCUCCAUCGGCCUGCCCACCAGCACCAUCGCCAGCUGCUCCCAGGACGGCCGGGUGUUCAUCUGGACCUGCGACGACGCCUCGGGCAACAUGUGGUCGCCCAAGCUGCUGCACAAGUUCAGCGACGUGGUGUGGCACGUGAGCUGGUCCAUCACUGCCAACAUCCUGGCUGUCUCGGGCGGCGACAACAAGGUGACGUUGUGGAAAGAGUCAGUGGACGGACAGUGGGUGUGCAUCAGUGAUGUCAACAAGGGCCAGGGGUCCGUGUCCGCUUCGGUCACAGAGGGCCAGCAGAAUGAGCAGUGACCCGGGCUGGCGCUGCCACCCGCAGCUCCAGGACCUCCGCCACCCAGGAGAAGAGCCACUGACUCCACCCAGACUCCCUGCCCAGGAGUAAUCACAUGCCGCCACAGACGGCGUCUGCCUCCACCCGAUUCCACGGGUGAGCGCAUUUGUCUUAGGAAGAGGAAACUACAAAUGACUUAAUCUAUUAUUUUAAAGUAUUUUUUGGCCAUUUUUAUGUGUCUUUGGGUUUAAGCAUUAUUGGGGGGCAGCUGUUUCCAAAAUAAAUAAAACCAUAUUGCUUAUAA